AUGUUCGCCACUACUGUAUUACCACACCAACAAGUUGUAGUUGAACAUGAUAUAAAUGCCCGAAUUAAUUUAGAUGACCAGAUAGCGAAAUUUUGGCAAUUAGAAGAGGUCAAAACUAAAAACAUUUUAAGUUUAGAUGAAAAGGCGUGCCAGUUGCAUUUUGAAAAUAAUACCAAACGGAAUGAAAAUGGACGAUUUGUUGUAUCAUUGCCAUUUAAGGAUCAUUCCAUACUAGGUGAAUCGUAUCAAAUAGCCUUAAAACGGUUUUUAUCAUUAGAACGGCGACUUCAGACUAAUAUCGAACUCAAAAAUCUUUAUUCUAAAUUUAUAAACGAAUAUCUAGAACUAAAUCACAUGGAAAGAAUUUUGAUAGACGAAAGUACUAACAACACAUAUUAUAUACCACAUCAUGCAAUUUAUAAAGAAAGUAGCCAUACAACUAAACUACGAGUGGUAUUUGACGCUUCUUGUAAAACCGACAACGGGGUAAGUCUUAAUGAUGUUUUAUUUAAGGGUCCGUGUAUAUAA